AGGACCCCCAGAUGUGCUGGAGCGCAAGGGGGCUUUGACUCUGCGCUCGCAUUGUGUGCAAUAUGGGAGACCCACCCUAAUGUACCGCUGGUAAGAGGGCACCACUGUUGGUAUCCCUGGGUCUGUGAACAUAUGUGGUACUCAGCAAAAUGCCUAGGGAAAAAGACAUCCACUCCUCCCUUGUGUACUGCACACCUCCUAGAGAUGUGUGUUAUGUAGGGUGACCAGAGGGCAAGUGUGAAAAAUUGGGACAGGGUGUGGGCGGUAAUAGGAGCCUAUAUAAGAAAAAGCUCCCAAAAUCGGGACUGUCCCUAUGAAAUUGGGACAUCUGGUCACCCUAGUGUUAUGUUCUGCUAUAUAUAGGAUACCCUUGCAAAAAGUCACUCCUCUGGCUUUUUAGAUUAUGGUGAGCUUUGGCGAAGGAAGGCACCAAAACAGAGAGGCUGAACCUAAAGAUUAUGAUAUAAAUGAAGUUCCUUUGGGUUCAAAGAAUUUAUGUCAAUCUACUUACUCGAGAUUCGGAACUGUGGAUGGGUAUUUCUCCUUUUAUGCUAUUUUCCAGACAUGGAUCACCACAUACCAGGAUCAUUUGUCUCAACCGUAUACAAAUAAAGGAUAUAGGGAAAUAGAGAUUCGUAAGUCCAUGCUGAAUGAAGAUAAUUUUGAAGAUGGUGUUAUUGACAGGGAGACUGGGAUGCCCAAAACAGGAGUUGGAGCUGUAUUGCCAAGACACCCUUCAGAUCACUUUCAAAUGUAUCUGGAUACAACAUACCGUAUAGACUAUGUUCCUCCAUAUGAUUAUACGCCAUAUGUUGGAGCCCAACCAGAUGGUUAUUCUAUAGUUCAUAGAAAAUGUCACUCUCAGUUUACUGACACAGCAGAUUACAGAAGACAUGGUAUCAACACAUGGCAAGAUGAGAGUGGGAUAUAUGCUAAUAUGGAUAUAAAGCAACAGGUCUUCCCAGUAACUAAUCCUAUACCGUCAAACGUGCAUGAAGAUCAUUUCUAAGCAGUUAUAAUAGAAUCUGAAAUAGACACAUUGUAUGUCAAGUAUUAACAAUUUUCCAAAUAUUCCAAUAAAUAUUUUUGAAAUG